GAUAGCAAAACUGUAUGGUUCAGUGAAAACUGUGCUUUCUGUAAAAGCAGUUUUAUUCAGAAGCUCCAACCAAGUGGCAUCUAUAACUGAUCGGUCUAUACUGGAAUCCUAUCCGAUAAGAGAACAUUUUGUGUGCAGAGUUCCAGAUGAUCAAUGGCUAGCCCUGGGCCAAGCCCAAAAAGACACAAGAGUCAGUCUGAAACCAACGAGAGACGCUUUUGCAUUGAGACACUACUUCAUCUGUUGUAUGGAAAAAAGACUAUUGAGCCAGUUGAUUUGACAAAACUGAAGAAGUCGACAAGCUAUUAUCACGUGGAUAGACAUGAAAACGGCCAUCUAUCCCAUGAUCCCUCGACUAAGCAAGAGGAUCAAAGUUUUUCAUACGCCAUUAAAUCAUUUCCACCGGAAGUGCAGCUUUGUACAUCAUCCAUUCCUGGCGCACGUUAUGGAGUCUGCGCAAAGAGGACUAUUCCUGAGGGGACCUGGAUCGGACCGUACGAAGGCAAACGAGUGAAACCCGAGGACCUUUCGCAAAAUCUCGAUAACUCAUAUAUUUGGGAGGUCUAUGAAAACGGACAGACAUCGUGCUAUAUUGAUGGAAGUGAUGAAAGUACUUCCAGYUGGAUGAGAUAUAUUCGCUGCGCACGCAGUAAGACUGAACAGAACUUGUAUGCCUUCCAGUACCUUGAUAAUGUGUUUUAUCGAUCAUUCAAAGAAAUCUCUCCUGGUACAGAGAUGUUGGUAUGGUACGAUGAUAAGUAUCCUCAGUUUAUGGGUAUUCCCAUGGGUCUGCAGGAAAUCGAAUUUGUCAAUGCCAAUGACAUUGGACAGAACAGGAGAUUAUCCUCCAGAGAACAAGGCAACGAACCUUUUCAAAAGAAUCAAGAUCUAUCUAUACCCCAACGUAACCUUCGAGAUCAAAGCGUUCCUCCAAGUCAGCGGUUAACUGCAUCAAGUCAUGCGUCACAUGUAAGSGAAGCAUCAAGAACAACACAACAUAUUUCUACUGUCACCACCUCACAAGACAACUAUAUUCACUCAACGGUGCCCGCUAGUGCUUAUGGGAAAUCUCAAAGCCAUGUCCCAGUAAACAUAUCGGCAGGAAUUCCUUCGCAAGCUAUUACAGGAAGAGCAUCUGGAAGAGCACAUUCUGGCAUCACUGGAGUUCAUAAUCCAGUUGUCAAAGUACAGACUCUUGAAGAAGGGACAAUACAUUUYGAAAGGGGAGAGGUGCCUUCUCCCCCUGACAGAGACAACGUGACGUCAUCGAGCAUGUCAGUGAAUACAGAAUGGAUGUCACGUGAAAGCGAUAAACUUUACCCACAAGCGCCUGCGAGCGUUUAUUCACGUCCAUCCUAUCAUCCAAGUGACCUAAGCAAUCAGCCAGGUA